AUGACCUUCCGCGGCGUCACUUUGCGUUUCAAAGAGUCAUUCAGCAGCGACAAUGCCGAAGCUGUCUCGUUACUCAGGGAAGCGUCGGCUGCAAUGGAGAAGGUUGCUGGUCGAGAAAACCUUUUCACGCUCAGAACCAAGUCCAAUCUGUCAGCGGCGUUGGUAAAGAUUGGUCAAUUGGAAGAAGCCGAAAAUCUUGGCCUGGAGGCUUUCAACACGAUGCGUCGAUGUUUGGGCGAGGAACAUGACGUUACGAUUUCCACCGCGCUUAGUCUCGCAGCUGCGUAUUACAACCGAGGCAAGUAUGAUCAAGCCGAGGGUCUGUUUGUGGACACAUUGCGCAAUAUCACGAGUGAAUCGGAUUCUCGUAGGCUUGUAUGCAUGAAGGAUUUGGUCCGAACAUACAGGCAACAAGGCAAACUCGACGCAGCCCAACGCCUGGCAAAAGAGUCGUUGGAGGCUGCAAGGAUACAGGAUGAUCUCCUAGGCCUUCUUACGGCACAGUCGGAGUUGGCACACGUACUUAUCGAGCAAAACCAAUACGAGGAGGCCAAGAGCUUGAUGGUGGAUGUAAGGACACAGAGAGGGAAAGCACUAGGGUGGGAUCACUCUGAUACGCUUGAUUCUACGGCCAAGCUGGGGUUUCUGUAUCUGCAUCUGGGCGACGGGGAGAAGGCUCGGCAGGUCCUGCAACCUGUGAUGGCUAAACUGGAGCAAACACUAGGCGACGACGAUACUGUCACAUUGUCAGCUAAGGCGGGCUUGGCCUCAGCCCUCGACACACUCGGCAGACACAGAGAGGCAGAGACACUUCGGCUUUCAGUAGCAAAGAAGAUGACGCAGCUCCUCGGGGAAGAGCAUCCAUGGACGCUCGAAUCACUUUUUGAUUUGGCUUCCACAUACCAAAGCCGAGGCAAAUAUGCAGAUGCGGAACAACUUCAACUACAGGUGCUUGGAUCGAGGGAGAAAGCCUUGGGCGCAGAUCACCGCGAUACGCUUGUUACGAGGGCGAGCCUCGCUCACUCCUAUCGUCUGCAGGGUCGAUAUCAAGAGGCGGUGGAACUUGGUGCGAAUGUGGCAGAGAGGAUGAAGGUAGUCUUAGGAGAGAAGCACCCGGAUUUCCUCGACUGUCUUCGCGAAUUGGCCCUAGCCUAUCAUCACGUCCAACGGCAUGAGCAGGCAGAAAAGCUGACCGUUGAUGUCCUAGAGGCAACGCGUGGACAGCUGGGUGAAGAUCAUCCAGAGACGCUUCAAAGUAUGAGCAACCUUGCUUUGUCGUAUCUUGACACAGGCAAAUUCAAGGAAGCGGGGGAGCUCGCGACCGAGCUGAUGGGCCUAAUCGAAAGAGCUACGGGCAAGGGAGGUCACGUCGUUGUUACUGUCAUGGCUAAUUUGUCUUUUGCACUUUUAAAAAUUGGGGCUUUCGAUCAAGCAGAGUCGCCGGGAAAAUCCGCGCUGGACGAGAGGGAAAACAGUUUGGGGAAAGACCACCCGGACACCAUUGUGUCCAUGUCAAAUCUGGCCAUGAUAUACAAUGCCCAGUUCAAACGAGUGGAGGCGGCGAGCUUGAUGAGUGAAGCAGUCCAGCGAAGCUCCAACAAACUGGGGGACGAACAUCCUAUCACGCUUCUUUGCGUCUUCAAUCUAGCUGUAAUUCGCUGCGACCAAGGACACAAAGGUGACGCGAUGCGCGUAUGGACGACAAUUUUGCCGAAGAUGCGGGCUGCGUUGGGGGCUGGACAUGAAUCCACUGUCCAGUGCGAACGGUAUGUGGCGACCUACAAGAAGGCUAUAGAGCCGUUGGCGUGUGCAAACAUGACAGAUGGUCAUAUGUAA